ACAUCAACGCUCCACGGAGUCGUCUAUAAAGCGAAGUACCACCGGUGGCUGUGAAGUCAUUCGAACGCUGGUGACCGUCGCCCACGGAAGGAUUGUUGUGUUGUGUGUACGCACUCGGUACCAUUACUCUGUGCAAGCUCAAAGUACUCGGGUACCACAGCAAUCAAAGCUUCGAGUAACGCACUACAUACAAGCAUACAGGCAAUUCAUCAUUCAUCUGCAGUGGACGAGUGACUAAUAGUGCUAGUGUGUGUGUGUGCGCGUUUGUGCAUCUUUGUUGUGCGGUGGGUGAAUAUCUUGCUACACGUGUGGACAUUUGGUCCGGUAAGGUAAAACAGCAACAAAACCAAAAAUACACACCGUACACACGGCAAAGUGAUAACAAGACAUCAGCGCGUAACGUACCGUAACCGCUUUUUUGGGGGUGUCCGAACCGAACGCGCCUCUUCUGUUGAUUUUCUGUUCCGGUGAAAGUGUUUGCAUUUUUGUGUGUGUCACCGGUCGCUGCUAAAACCCUGUUUCGUCAGAUCAAAAACCGUUCCUGCUUCAAACUACUAGCCACCAGACGAUAUAGCACAAUGAAGAUCAUUCUGCUGAUCGCUGUGUUGCUGCCGUUAGCAUCCUACGCCAAACCUGCCACCACGAGCCUGGACCCGACCGACCUUGCCGACGUGGAGCUGGCGGAGGACGUGUCGCGAAUCAAACGGUCCGGGUUCGGUGGUAGCGGUUCGUUUGAUUUACUGUCCGGUCUCAAGAAGACACUGCUGUCGGGUAUUGGAUCCGCUUCGGCAUCGUUGGUUGCGGGCAGCAGCAGCUCAUCGCUGAGCUCCGGUUCGGGACACGGAAGUAGCGGCGGUAGCUCCAGCUAUGGUUCAUCUGGCCAUUCGUACGAAAAGCCGCACGAGGACACACACUUCGAUGGUUGGUCGCUGAAAAAAUCGAUCCUGAACACGCUGUUCCAGGCGGUGAAAGCCAUCACCGGCGGUGUGACGGCGAUCAAGGGCCAGCUGAUCAAGGGUUCCGGUUAUCUGGUGAGCGGUGCGGGCAAACUGAUCGCCUCCGGUGGUGAUGCGGUGACCGGCGUCGGUAAAAAGAUUGCCCUGUCGGCCCAUCUCAUCCCGCCGAAACAUGCGUCCCAUCCGUUUGCCAAGCUGAGCGGUAUCCUGUCAUCGUCGUCGUCCGGCCUGUCCGGUCUGUCCGGCACAUCGUCCUCAUCCUCAUCCUCCUCCGGUCAUCAUCAUGGUGAUGCGUCGGGUGAAAGCUUUACCAGCUACGAAGGACCGACCAGCUACGGGCACGACUCCUCCCACAGUGCACUGAGUGGUCCGUCCGGUCCGUCCUAUAUACCACCAUCAAAGAGCUCGCACAAGUCACCCUCGAUCAACUCGUACGGUGCGGAUCUGGACGACCACCAUCAUCACGGUGGCAGCUAUGUGUCCGCCGGCAAGUACGGUCACUCUACCGACGUAUCGCACCAUCAGCAGGAGCACCAUCACGAUCACUUCCCGACCGGGUACGCUAAAGGCCACACGAACGUGGUCGAAGCGACGGACGUACUGCGGCAGAUACUGAACCAGAAGAUACCGCACCAUACGGAUGGGUUACCGAAGAAGGUUAUUGCCCAAUACGAGAUACCGUCCGACUCGAAUCCACCGCCAUUCAAACCGAUGAAGGGUGGUUAUCUGCCACCGUCGAUCUACGGUUUACCGGCCGGUCCGAUCGAUUCCGUCACGCAUUCGCACUCGAUCACUACCUCGUUCGGAGCGGGCGGCUACCCGAAGUUACUCUCGGCGACACACGUGGAGAGUGAUCCCGGGCUUCCCAGCUCGUACGAUAUUUACCGCUCGAUGGCACUGAAACAUGGGCACGGUGGCGAUAAGGGUUUUCAUCACGAUUCGCUCGUUAAUCCACGUUCGCGUGAGGUAGAUCACAGUGCGAGCGGUAUAUCGUACGAGCUGCUACCGCCAAAGUCAUCCUCCUCCGGCGAGCUGGUACACGAGCAGCAGUUGCGCGACCUAACGAAACAGCUCGGCAACGGGAUCGAGGUGCAGAAGUCUCUCGCGUACGAGAUCGCUGACCCAUCGACGACGCACCAGCAUCACAAGCGACGCUCGGAUGAAACGACGGACACGACAACUGACCAGGACGCUGUCAAGCCGCAGAGUACCAACACGUAGACAGGUUGACGCAACUUUUUUGCAACAACACAUCCGGACAACGAUUUCCUAGUGUGAGACGACAGAUAUUCCAACGUUUGCAAAUUACACACACGCGCGCGCGCACACGCACACACACAUACAAACGCGUUGGUGAUGAGCCAUCUCAAACUUAGUCACGUUCUCUAGCAUCUAGAAAAGACAUAAGACAUUAGUAGAUACAUAAACAUGCGCAACAUGUACGUGUGUGUGUGUGCGUGUGUGUUUUGUUGUGCUUUCACGCUUGUGUCAAAACCGGGCGCAAGCGAUUCGUUCGUCGAUACUCAGACUCCGACUACAGCAAGAUCGUCGUCGGCUAAGCACACUACGCAGCAUUUGUAACCUUCGGUGGAACGUCACGAACGAAACCAGCUGUAUCCAUCUAUUUCCACCAGUUAUAAAAUCCUUCUCUCUACGUUCUACCUGUGGUAGCUGUUAUUGCCUCUAUCGUAUCGUAUCGAAAUACUCAUGCAAUGUAUCGAACCGCCGACAGCGAACGAUCGUGUGAUGCCGUUUGUUUGCGCGUGCGCAAGUCAGUGUAAGGUACCUUCUAUUCCUAGUGCAGCCCUGUCGCCAUAUACAGGAUAUCACCGUUCUCCCUCAAAAAGGAUUUCAAUCAUUCCCGUUCCCAUAUAGUUCCACCCUUGUUGUGUAGGUAACCUUUGGUCGGUGGCAGCGUAAUAAAUAUUUUGUAAAAACGCGGUAUAUUUUCCUCCGCACGCAAUCAGUAGCGUGUGCACACACAAGUGCGUGCAAAAUAUUGGUGCAAGAGAGAAGAAAAAAAAACGUUGGAAAAGGAAUGAAAAAAAAACACACAAAAAAGCAACAGAGCUAGCCUGUAACUGUGUAUCCGUGUAAGAUUUUACUCUUAAAACAUUUCCAUUUUUUUGGUAAGAGGGUCCAGUUGGGCCGUACCGUCCCUGUUGUGGCGGGGUCCAUGUUUCUAUUGUAUUUAUUCGCCAUCGCAUUUUAUGUUUGCGAAGGUGCUGGCGAGACAAUAAAGUAUUCAACCUAAUUUGUAAUCAUUGAACGUGAAA